GCAGUAAGAAGGAGACGACAGUGGAAAGGAAGCUACCGGUGGCUUGGAAGUUGGAGCCUUGGAGACGAAGGAAAGAAAGCAGCGCUGUCUGGCACAGCGACCGAAGCUGCGUAGGAGGGCACGCGCCGCUGACGAAGAGACGAAGGAGCAAGCAGAGCAGAGCAGCAGCAGUGCCUUUUCGUUCCUCACCCCUUUCUUCACAGUUUCGAUUACCAUUUUGCUUGCAAUUUGCAUUCCCCCUUCGGAUCUUUUCUCCCGUGUUCUUCUAGCGAGGCGAGGUAAAUAAGUGGUGUCUGUCGAUCAUACCACGAUUCGUUGCGCGACCAGCUGAACGGCCAGGCUGAAGACGCAUACCUUCAUCGUUUUUGUUGAAUUGAGGUUUAUCGACCCAAUUCUUCGUUGGAUUCUGAGCUGAGGCAGCGGUCUGUUGAGGAGAUUUCGAGGAGUCGGUGGAAUUUAUUCAGGAGGGCAAGAUUGCGGGUGUUACAGCCAUCACCGAAGGGUUGAGAGAGAUGCAGAAUGGAAGUGAAACAGAGCUAGAUGUCCGGGGCGAGGUGCCCCAGAAUGCUAAUGAACAUUGUCCCGGCACAGAAGCUGAGGAAGCUGGAAAAGCUGCGUCCUGUGAGGGAUGUCCCAACCAGGAAGUAUGUGCUACCGCACCGAAGGGCCCUGACCCCGAUUUGGCUGCAAUCGCCGAUCGUAUGAGUAGUGUAAAACAUAAGGUGGUGGUAUUGUCUGGCAAGGGAGGUGUGGGAAAGAGCACAUUUUCUGCUCAAUUAGCAUUCGCAUUGGCUGCCCCAGGGCAGGACAAGCAAGUAGGUUUGCUGGACGUCGAUCUCUGUGGACCAAGUAUACCUCGAAUGGUUGGACUUGAAGGCCAGGAGAUUCAUCAAAGCAAUCUUGGAUGGUCCCCUGUUUACGUGGAAGACAACUUGGCCGUCAUGUCUAUUGGGUUUCUCCUUCCGAAGUCUGAUAAUCCCGUCAUCUGGAGAGGGCCGAGGAAGAACGGAUUGAUCAAACAAUUCUUAAGAGAUGUAUACUGGGGUGAUUUGGAUUACCUUGUUGUGGACACUCCUCCAGGAACUUCCGAUGAACACAUAUCCAUCAUGCAGUAUCUCGGUGCAACGAAUGUGGAUGGUGCUGUCAUAGUCACUACACCCCAAGAAGUGUCACUCCUUGAUGUGAGAAAGGAGAUAAACUUUUGCAAGACGGUGGGGAUACCCGUGCUCGGGGUUGUUGAGAAUAUGAGUGGCCUUCAACAGAAGAUAGGGAGCUUAAACUUUAGGGCUGUUGGGGAGGAUGGAGAGGAGAAGGACGUUACAGACUAUGCCCUUGAAGAACUGCGCAAGCAUGCGCCACACUUGUUGCCCAUGUUCGCUCACAUGGAAAUUUUUCACGUCGGUGGUGGAGCAGAGAAGAUGGCCAAGGAUAUGGGAGUUCCAUUCCUUGGGAGGGUACCUAUGGAUCCAAAGCUUGGUAAGGCUGCAGAGGAAGGACGUUCAUGUUUUGCCGAAGGAUCAGAUUGCACAGCGAGUGCCAUCGCCUUACAAAGAAUCAUAAAAAACAUUGUACAGAAAGUAGAGAGUAAGAAGUGAGUACGUAGAGCAAUUUUGAAGGGAGAUGGUAGGUAGCGCAAGAGCAUUGUCAGGCCGGAUCACGAUCCUGACAACGAAUUUUUGAUAAGUAGUACGAAUGCAUACAUCUAUAAGAAAGUGCCGUAAGAUGAAGAUUUUGAAGCAGAAUGCUGACAAGCUUAUGCGCUUAUUUGUAAAUUCCACAGUAGAUAGUUUUCACGGCAAUGCUGUCACUCCCUCCUGUGGUGCACAGCUCACAGGACUUGUAGUCUAAGUAAUUUUUCGGGAGAGGAAUAAAUGGAUCUUCAUCCUUGAGACUUUGUGGAAUUAAUUUGUUCCCUUCUUGGCUUAAUAUAUCUUCAUUAGAUAUUGGU